CCUUAUCUUAGUCUGCACGUUGCUUCUCGGUGACUAAUACCACAAUAACAUUGUCUAAGGAUAAUAUAAAUUGAGAGCUGUUUAUAAACUCUAUGGCGAUUCAAUAUAAAAAGGAGGUAGGAAUCUGGAAGCAUCACAAUCACUUUGAGACCUCUCUGAGAACUAACAGGUCCUGAGUGCCUUCUCCACUUUGGAUACCUGAUUGAGAACACUUUGUACUUUAACCAAGGUGAUAUAACAAGGCAUUUAAACUAUUUAUUGACUUUUUAUUGGGAUUACCAUUUUCAGUUGUUAUUUUUUUUUCCACUAUCAUCGAGAAGAUAUAUAUAUAUAUAUUUUAUUCCAGUCUGAUGAUGGAUUUAGAAACGAUUAUUUAUUUCUUGGUGGCUCUGCUUGAAGUGACUUCAGGAACAGGUACAGUAGUUGUUAUGUAACUUUAACAUACUUUAAUACAAACACGUUUUAAUGAAAUUUCAUUAGCCACUUUGAUUUAGAGAUUUAAAUUGUAUCCAAUACAUUUAAAUGAUUUGCAGAAAUAUUGUUGAACUUAAAUGCAAGGUUGACUUUAUUUUGAAUGUACAUGGCUGUACACUUUGUUGGAGACAAUUCACAAGACACUUUAGAACUGGCUUGAGCAAGUUGGUUUUUUUAACAGGUAUUUAUCAAAAUCUCCAAAUCGUCUUAUUUUUUUUUAUUUAUUUUUUUAACGUAAAAUAGAUGGUCUUACAGAAUAGCACCUGAAUCCAAAUUCUUUUGUAGAAGUGAUUGCCCCGGGCUGAUGUCGGUACAGUGUCAGCGUGAAUAUUAUUGAAUAGAAAGUAUGAUAUUCUAAGUUAGACUUUCAGAAUGCUCAGUACUUUGUCAGAUCUUAUGAAUCAUCUGAUGUAUCUCUGAAACCUUUAUAUAGGGAGAGCUGAAUAACGAAUUCAAUGAUUCGUUUUAAUAGAGAAUUGAAACAUUAUAUCGAUUAUUUUUCUCUUUUGAUGGAGUUCUGCAUCAUUUAGAUUUGAACCGAUUCUGGACCAUAUGCACCUGUGUGUGUUUACUGUUCCCAAUAAAUACAUUUUUGGAUUAUUUUAGAAAGAUGAUAAUUAGAAGGUGUUUUGUGACUUGCUAGGUCCCCGUCUUCUUAUUGUGUAUAAAUAAGUAAUUAAAAGGGGUAGAUUUCUGAACACAAUGCAUCAUUCCCAUAAACACUAGCUAAUUGUUGCUGCACGUUAAGCUGCUGUUUAGUGGCGAUUUAUGGAUCUAGUGCAGAGAGCUGCAGGUCUGGUUUAUGGGAGAGAUUCACACAGAGAUCAAGCUGACAGACAGGCAGUAUAACAAGAGAACUAGUUCUGGGUGUUCCAGGCUGAGCACUCCAUUUAUAGAGCACACAUGAUCUGGGAGAAUGGGCUGAUGGAGCAUGGAUUGUGCAAUUAAAUAAUAGGGUAUGGACACUGGAUUUGCCCUGGCUUGUGUGAAGUGAUCCAGAGUAAGGUGUGAUCACAGGCACACUCAUACUGCAAUGAUGGAAAAUGAGCACAUUAUAUAGUAUUCAUAAUAUAUAAUCCGCACUGGUAACAUAAACUGCCAAGCAUGGUACUACUAAUACACUGUAUACUGGCUGAUUGUUUUCACUGUUUAUAUAGAAAUAAAAAUGAUAUAUUGUCAAUGUUACAAGUGUUAAACAAUGGUGUAGAUAUAGUCAGGAUUAACAUGUUAAUGUAAGAGUACUGUAGGAGUACUAUCACAGUAGCUGUUAGUAGGAAGGGUCUAGAUAUGGAGAUACCGGUCUCUAGGACACUGGCUGCGAUAUUAGUAGAGGUACUGUGGUCUAAGUCAUAGCGUUAUAGAGGUGUCUAGGGUACUAAUGGUUGGGGUGGGUGAUAUAGAGACACUGGAUUACCAGUUUUAUCGGUAACGUAGGGGUAUUGUGGUAUUAUUGAGUGGAUUUAAGGAAACGAAAUUAUUAGGGUACAACGCUCAUCUGUAAGGUUGGGUUUAAAGUUAGUAUUUAAAUAUUGGGGUACCAUGACUGGCUAAAGGUUAGAAUAGAGAUAUUGGGGUACCAUGAUUGGCUUUAAUGUUAUUAUAGAGAUUGUAGGGUACCAUGGUUGGGUUUAAAAUUUGUAUAGGAAUACCGGUGUACCAUGGCUGGCUUUAAUGUUCAUAUAUAUAUAUUGGGGUGUAAUGAUUGACUUUAAGGCUAGUAUAGAAAUAUUGGAAUACCACGGUUGGCUGUAUGGAUAGUAUAGAGGUGUCGGGGUACCAUGGUUGGCUGCAUGGAUAUUAUAGAGGUAUCGGGGUACCAUUGUUGGCUGUAUGGAUAGUAUAGAGGUAUCGGGGUACCAUGGUUGGCUGUAUAGAGGUGUUGGGGUGCCAUGUUUGGCUGUAUGGAUAGUAUAGAGGUAUCGGGGUACCAUGGUUGGCUGCAUGGAUAUUAUAGAGGUAUCGGGGUACCAUGGUUGGCUGUAUGGAUAGUAUAGAGGUAUCGGGGUACCAUGGUUGGCUGCAUGGAUAUUAUAAAGGUAUCGGGGUACCAUGGUUGGCUGUAUGGAUAGUAUAGAGGUAUCGGGGUACAAUGGCUGUAAGGGUAAUAUUAUAUAUAUAUAUAUAUAUAUAUAUAUGGGUAAGGUGUUUAUAGAAAGCUAUCUCAAGUUACUGUUUUUUCCAUGACACUGGCUAAAGAAGGAUACGUUUCUCUGAGAGACUUGGUCGGGUUGAGGUGACAGUGGGAGAUCCCUGGAGCUGUUGGCACUAUAUGGAGUAUUAUUAUUAUUAUUAUUUAUAAGGCACCAGUAAAGUCUGUAGCGCUGUACAAUAGGAGUAUACCGAAUAUGGGGAAAUACUGUGUACAGAGGGAUGUUCAUGUCAGGGUAAGAAGAUACAAUAUACACAGAUACAGUGCAUUCAAUGUUGGGGAAAUAGUGCUAAGUGCGGCUGAAUAUAGAUUGCGGAUGGGGAGUGCUUUCUGGGCCAAUCGAUACUUCUCUGUGUGGUAUUGAUGGGUGUUGUUUGUGCUAUUGAUUAGUAUUGAUGCAUUGCUAGUAGUAAUGUCAGUGGGUGCAGCUGCUAUACCCCUGACAUAGUACAUAGCUCUUUAGUAUGCUCUGUAUACAGAACCUGUGUAUCCCAACUCCCAUUACUCCAUACACUUCUCACCGGCAUGCCCUAACAAUCACUGCUUACAUAACCCAGCAAAUAGUACUGUCAGCCUGUCACACAUAUUGGUAUUUUCAACUAAAAAUGAACAUGUUGACAUUGACCUUUUUAACAUAUCCCAGCGGUGUGCAGCCAGACUGAGUGGCACUCAGAGGGUUAAUCAUGGCUUGUGGUGUAGUGAGCUAUACUUUGUAGCUAUGUCCUACUGCCUAUGAACCAUCAGUAUUGUUUAAUAUAGAACGCUGCAAUUUACAGUGACUAUAGAUACAAUGUGACAAGAUUCUGUGCCUUGCAUGACUCAUACUCAUACAAUAUCGCUUUAAAUUUCACCUGUAAUGCCAGCAUUUAUCAUCAAGAGUUAAAUGUGAGGCAUUCUCAGCUGACAUAAUCUUUCUUUUGUUUUUUACAGUGUCAGGCGGCAUCAUUUCAAUGCCUGAAGAUGGGGCUUCAGUUCCAGCUGUAAAGACUGAUUCUAGCUCCCUUCCUAGCGCCCCCUGGCGACCACGAAGGUUUAAACGCUGUUCCUGCUCCUCACUUAUGGAUAAAGAAUGCGUGUACUUCUGCCACCUGGACAUUAUUUGGAUCAACACACCUGAGUAAGUCAGUUGCCAUGCACUUAGACUCUCUUCCUACUUGCACAGUAGUUAAAAGCACUUCAGACUUUCAUGCAUUGUAUUCAUAUAAUGGAUGAUCAUUGAUCAUAACAAUUAUUCUACCAGCCUACAGUUUAGCUCAUAAGAGAGGGGCAAGGCUGGGAUUUAUUAGAAAAAGAUUGAGAAAGAGAGAGGGGGAAAAAAAGAAAAUAUGGAUAUGCAUACGUAAGAGACAUUGCUAGUAGCUCAUUAUGGAAUACUGUUAGAUUAAGUAACAUUAUUUUACAAUGAGGGCAAUUAAUAAAAAAAUCUAAUGUUUUGGGAGACACUUUAUAGGGAGAAAAUUGACACGAUGGGAUAAAUGCUUAGGGAUUUAGCAAUCAUAACCCAUUAAAGUCUGAAAUUGACAGCUGGUAAUGACCAUUUGGCACACCCCAGUCUCGACCAAUUUGUCUGCUUUCUCUAAAAUGCUGAAGCUUACUAGACAUUUUUUUUUUUUUAUUGCUAUUUCAUAACUGCUCUGCCUAUCCCUGUACUUAGAAAUGCUUUGCUGGAUUUCCAGCCAAAGUACUUACAGCUCUAUAAUAAUAUCUCACUAGUAAUUACGGAUAGAGUCCAAGUGGCAGUUAACUCUUUGAGUCGCCAUAUUAAUGAAAAAUAAAAGCAUUAAAAAGUUAAUAGAUUUAUCAUGUUAAGGACCAAUAAUAUUCAAUGUCAGUAGACGAUAAUCAUCAGAUCGCCAGCCUUUGAAGCAUUUCAACCCCCACAAUGCUUUUCAAUCCUUAAUAAGAGCUGGGUAUCCACCAUUUUGCCACCUGUAAUCUGGGUCAUACUUGCAGUCUGGUCCGUAAAGAUCCUUCUGAAACAUAGAAUGUCCUACUUGGCAUUGGCAGGACACUAGAUGACUGCUGUUACUAAAUAUGCAGGGCAUUGCAAGUGUUAGAUUUUUAUGAAAAUGUAUUCAGGCCCUAUAACUGAUGCUUAAAAUAGGAAAUCACUAAAUAGGUACAGAUAUAAGUUUGAGAAGUGGGUAAAAAUGUAGAGAUAUCAAUCAAAGUCAAGUCAUAAAGGAGCAACACCAACCUAGAAAAUGGGACGUUGGUUUUCCUUGAGGAGUAGGUUGGAACUGAAAUGGGUUUUUAAUGAAGAAAUAUUCUAAACAUAUCUGACUCAAGGUUCAUUCUUCAUUCUAUCCGAUGUGUCAUUGAAAUAAUCUUUUAAAAUAAGCAACAUGGAAACCUUUCAUCUUUAAUCAGGUUUAGUCUGUGAGUGCCAUAAUGCUUGUAUAGAAAGACGGGUAAUUGAUUAUAAUACUCCCAGUAUUAGCUCUAUGAACCAUGGACAUGUCAAAUGAAUACACAUAUUUGUUUUAAUAUUUUCUAUAUAGUGACAGGGCUAUUCACUAAAGUAUGAUUUCUUGGAAAUUCCAAAGGUUUUCAAAGUGAAUUUCAAAUUAUAGACCAAAAUAAUAUAUCUCAAACUAUUCUCCAAGUCAGCUGUGGUUUCAGUGCAGCUAGUUUGUCCUAACAUUUCACAUUCACUAUGAAUUCCUGCCAGUUCUUAUACUUUAGUGUAUAACUCUCUAUUUGAAGAAGAUAUUUAUAGAUACACAGUCUAUAGAAAAUUUUACCUCCUCGGCUUUUCAUCUUAUAGUAAAGUAUAGAAUUGCUCUUUGUGUUUUGCUGUUGUUUAUUUUAACAACAUUUUAAGAUAAAUGCAGUUCCAAACACAAGGCAAAUCCGCAAUGUUAAAAUAGACAUCACUUCCUCUAUUAAUUUGAAACUUGCCCAAGAUUUCACGUUUACAUUGAAUAGACAAUCCUAGCUAUAGAAAUGACAUGGCUUUUGAAAAGCAUUAGCUGUUGACUAGUCUGAUUGCCUCGCACUGAUAGCGUAAUGUGCUAUACUGUAAAUAUUUGCUUUAAUUCUUACCUCUUGGGCAUGUACAGUAAAAUGUUCCUAAAGUAUGAUUUAACAACCAUUAAGAAGUUAUUAAUGAAAUACAGGUCACAGCCUGUGUAACUUACUGGUAUGCUACUGUGAAACCAAGGCUUGCAAUUUGUGAAAUUGUAUAUAAUUAAGUGAAUGGAAAAUUAAAGCCUUUUAGUACAGAGGUUGCAGCUCUGUGCGCUGUGUGGGAAGUUUUGAUUUUCUGAUAUUUGCCAAGUAUUGAUUGGAUUAGGCAUUCAAAAACAAAAUGUGUGUAACAGACCGUAACAGAUAAAUUAAGAACGAUAUGGUCUGUCAAUGUGAGGAUUGUAUUUUCCCCCCACAAUAUUUAAUCAUCAUGCUUCGUCUAUGUUGUUAUAGAUCUUGUGUGACCUAAUUUUGAUAAUUAAAACUAAUAAAAAGUAUUAAGGGUGAUAUUUAUUUAUUUUAUAGGAGAACUGUUCCUUAUGGUCUCGGAGGUCCUCGUAUGAGGCGGGCAAUACAGGACACAGACACAGAAUCAGUCCUUCAGUCAACAAGCCGAUGUAUGUGUGCCAAACACACAGACAAGAAAUGUAUGGACUUCUGCCAAACUGCAGAACUCAGGUGUGUGCAAAUAUUCUAUCUAAAGAAUUUCCAAAGCUAACUUUAUGUACACCUGCAGCUGAGACUUUCCUUAUCUAAAAAUGUGUUGUGAAAAGGUGUUUCUACAUUAGUUAUAUACAAGGCUCUUGUUUUUUUUCAAUAGUGUCCAGAGUUCUCAAGAAAAAGAAAACGGACACGUUCAAGAGGCCACAAAAUGCAGUGGUCUUCGUCUCGGAGCACAGUGCAUUCAGAAACAACUGCAAAGAACUGAAAAGAUGAAAAGGUGAGAGGCCGCGUUGUGUAUUUGCUGAUCUCUUUAAAUAGCACACUGGUUAAUCUGGCUUCUUACGUAUAGUGACAUCUCCUAUGUGCAUUAGAAAGUUAAUAGAAUUGCUGAGCCUCUCCCAGCUCUAUCAACAUUGUCACCUUAAAAAUUGUUAUAUCCUUUGCACACAAACCAUGAUGUAUUCAAAAGGUGCUAUGUUGAUUCUGCUGAAAAUCCAGUCUUUAGUGACAUGUUCAACAUGUUCAAGUGACAAAAUGUUGAACAAGUCACAGAAGAUGUAAGCUGCAAACUACCCUGUGUGUUAAGGUAAUGCUUCACCCUUUAAGGGCCAAUUGCAUUUCAUGCCGUAUUUUCAAUCUGGUCCCUAAUGACCUAAAUGCCAACAUGCUUUUUAUCACAGGUAAACAGUUGGGGUGUGUUUUAUAUUCUUAAAAGCUUGUUUUAUGCAUUAAGCAUACCAUCAUUGGUCCUUAAAUGGUUAUGAAUGAUUGUCAAUACAUCUAUUUUUUUUAAAGUCAUAAAUAGGCCAACAGUUACAAGUAUGUUGUUUGUAACAUUCAAGAAUAUUUUAUGUUUGAAAAUGUUGCCAUUGCCCCAUCCAUAUUUCAAUUAACAAAAGUAAUUUUUCUUGGCAGAUCGGAAGACAUUAAGAAUUCAAUUGAAAGAGCAUUUGUCUAUGCUAGGCUCAUGAACACAGUUAAUGAAAAGAAGGACGAAACACACCACAGGACACACAAAAAGAGAGAAAUAUGGAAACACACAAAAACAACAUCAUAGUAACUAACUGUUAACUGAAAAAACGGAAAAAAAAACGUGGGAGGCAUUUCUACGAGCAAUAGACUUGCCUUUGGUCAAUUCUACUUGAUAGUUCAAUGCAUGGAGGACACUUAACAUUUAAUGCUGCCAUUGGUUGAAGAACUAAAGUCCAACUUGAGGAAUAAGAUAAACCAACAUCUACAACUAUUGAACCAUAUAAAAGAAAAAUAAUAAGCCUGAACAACUGAGAGCAUGUAUUGCCAGGUUAGGGAGUAUAAUGUUACUGGACCCAUUGCUUGGAAGGAUCAACAUGAAUCAAAUGUUGGGUGGACAACCAAACAAACAGAGUUUCAAACAGCCAUCAGGAAAACACUGGAUGAUAAUAUUUGGAAUUCUAACCUUAUCUCCACACCCAAGUAGCUGCACAUGGAGGUUUUUGUGCAUUGCAGAUGGACAAUCAAAUAAAUUGCAAUAAUUGAGGAAAUAUUUCAUGUAUACAAGUCUACCUCAAAUGUAACACUCAGAAGGGCUUCCGUUCUGUAUUUUAGCUUGGCCUGCAAAAACACCUCUUUGUCUUAAACUAUUUUGUGUUUUUACUUUUUGUUAUUUUUUUUAUUUUAUUUUAAAUAAUUCACUGGAGCAAAUCAAAUCUUGAUAUGUAAAGAGACUUCUGGUUUGCUUUGUGGUUUGCCACGUCAAGCAGAGAGUGGAGAUGAGUUUAGGAGAUUGUUCAUGCAAGCUAAAAGUUGGGUAAUUUGUAGCAGCGGUGAAACUGAUUGCUUCAUAGUCAUCUCCUGUACUUUAAUUAAAUUUAUUAUGUGAAUAUUUUUUAAAAUAAAUAUUUAUAUUAUUAUUUUUAAAGACUAUAUUUACUAUGUUAAAUAUACAUUGGGACAGGCCAUAUUGGUCUAUGCAUGUUGUAUUUCUGUAUGAAAAAGAGCUUUGAUGAUAAAUAUGUUAAAAUAAAUAUUUUG